AUGGUUCUCAAACGCCCGGCCCUCUGUCUGCUACUCGGCUUCAACAGCUGGACAGCCAUCCAAGCCUGGAUCGCCGAGGUCGUUGCCCCCGCCCACGCCGUCCUUGUCGAAGACUGGCUCAAGCCAGCUGAAGAGCACGGUUGGGUCGAUCUUCUAGGCAGCGAGAUUAUGAAAGAGUACUUUGUUCAAAAUGCAGAUGAGCUAGAGGCCAAGGUACAGCAACGUGUUUGGGAGAUUACCAGCAGGGAGAGGGAGGAGCCGCUUAGAGGAGAUCCCAAUGAUGUAUGGGAUAUCCUCGGCCAUUAUGAGCGUUUCAUUAUUGAUUCUAUUGCGCUUGACAGGAUUGCUGAGGAGCAAAGCCCGUCGCGUCACCAUAUUGCCAAUAAGGAGUGGUCCCGGAAUCCUGAGACGCUGUUUGGCUAUAUGUAUGAGCUGACGGAUACGCUGUGUCAUAACUAUUGGAAACCAGCUGAGACUGAUCAGUGGAACUCGGAUGACAGCGAUGUCCCGUAUACAGAUCCCGCUGACAUCCCCGGGGCACAUUGA